AUGAACAACCAGAUCGAUGAAGGUUCUAAAGAGACCUUCGUCGCCGUCGCAGAAUCCCCAACUUCUGUCGGCGGUGCCGUCAAUGCCUACCCUGGCGCCCGGACUGAUCAGACCCGGAAUGUCGGCUUGCGAGUUCGAAGGCUGUUCAGCUUUACGCAAAUCUUCUUCUUUGCGCUGACCUUCAUGUCGAGCUGGGAGGUCAUGGCAUUAAAUCUGCAAGCCGUCUUCUACAAUGGGGGACCGAAUGCACUGGUAUGGGGAGCUCUUGUCGUUAUUUCUGGGGCUCUGGCUCAGUCAGCCUCGCUAGCCGAGCUAUCGUCUCUACAGCCCAUCGCCGGCGCCCAAUAUCACUGGACUCAUUUCCUUGCCCCUCAAUCCCAACGACGCUUUAUUACAUGGAUGCAGGGUUGGAUAACUUGGUUCGGCUGGGUAUCGCUCCUUGCUGGGGUGGCCAAUACCACCUGCUAUAUGCUCCAAUCUCUCGUGGCUGUCAACUACGAGACCUACAGUCCGGAGCGCUGGCACGUCACGCUCCUAAUCUUCGCCCUGCUGAUCCUGCAAGGUUUGAUCAACAUGUACACCUUCUUUUUAAUCCCUUGGAUCGAGGUCGUCGCCGGAGUCCUCCACAUAGUCAUGUUCAUCAUCUUUGUCAGCGCCCUCCUAGCAACCGCGUCUAAGCACACAGCGGAUUUCGUCUUCACCUCGCGAGUACCAUCCUCCUCUUCAGGCUGGAACAACUACUUUGUGAGCUGGAACAUCGGCCUUCUCACGCCUACUUGGGGUUUCGUGGGGUUUGACGGUGCGGUCCAUAUGUCCGAAGAAGUGAGAAGCGCAAGACUAGCAGUGCCACGAGCAAUGUUUUGGACUAUCGCCCUGAACUCCGUGCUCGCCUGGGCCAUCAUCCUCGUUAUCCUUUUCAGCAUGGGGGACCUGGACGCUGCGCUCAAUGCUCCGUUCCCUAUCAUCGAAAUCUGCACGCAAGCCGUUGGCUCCGUCCGAGCUGCUACCGCGAUGGUCUGUGGGCUGCUGGUCAUAUCUCUCGCCGUCAAUCUCAGCAGUAUCGCCUCUGCCUCUCGUCUCACCUGGGCGUGGGCUCGCGACGGUGGGCUGCCCUCCUACUUUGCACACAUUUCUCCACGCCACCGGGUGCCCGUACGCUCGAUCUGGCUGCCCGUAGUGAUUGUCAUGUGCCUCGCCUGCUUGAACAUAGGCAAUUACGCCGCUUUCGGCGCCUUCAUCGCCCUCUCUUCCUUUUCCCUGUUCUAG